UUGACAUGUUAACCGUUAUGUCUUCUAGAAAAACAUCGAGGCAGAAAAAUAGUUUGCUUGCUUAACACGAGCUUCAGCUCGUUUGUUCAUAAUCUGCGCUUAUUGUAUGUGUAGUGUCUAAUAAAACAUGAAAACAGAUGAUUUCAACGGUCUAGGGAAGGAAAACAACGAAGAUGAUUCUGGAUCCUCAAUUUAUGGGUCGGAAGAAGAAGACGCUCAUGAAGAUGCCGAAAUAAUAACUGAUGAAAAACCAAGUACAUCGGCUUCCUCAGUUGAUGGUAAACGUAAGCCUUUAUCGGAGAGAAACGUAAAAAAAAGCAAGCCCAAAAAGAAAUAUGAUACGCAGGAAUUAGUGGAUCGAGCCAUUUUGAAGCUGAAAGAGAAAGACGGCUCCUCUGUGCCAGCAAUUAAAAAAGCUAUUAUGGUUGAAUACCCGGAGAUGAAUGAAAAGCGUUUACUAACGCAAAUGAAGUAUUAUAUAAAAAAUGCUGUUCAAGAGGGACGAAUAGAAAAAAUUAAAAUGUCUUUUAAGUUAUCCAAAAGUGCAGCUGCCAACGAAAGGAAGAAGAUCAGCGCAACGAAGCGACUGGAGAAAGUUAAAAAACCUGAAGAAGAUAAAGUACAACGAAAGUUACCCAAACCGGUUCUGACGGCUGAAGCUAAAAAGAAAACCAAAGAUGGGAAAACGCUGCCACCACAAGAAAUUGUGCCCAUCAAAAUAACUAGAGCUGAAGCGAUUAUCAAACCGAAAAAUUCUUCUGUCAACCCAACCCUUAAAGCCAAGAAAGCUCAUGUCGUCCCAAAUGCUAAUCCUGAGCCUGAGCCUGAUCCAAAAAAAUCGAAAUUAGAAAUAGAUCAAUCUAAAAAUAAGACAAAAAAGAGAGCUGGCAGAAACUUGCCUCGAAAAUCAGUCAAUCCAUUGGUGAAACAGGCGGCGCCUCGUUCAAGAACAACCAAGAAAAAGGUUAGCAAAGACGGUGAACCUUUGAAGGCAUCAAAUCAGCAAGACCCUAAAGAUGUUAAGAAGGAAGCAGCCAGUGUAAAGUCAAAUGCUCGUAAAAUUAAAUCCAAAGGCAAAAAAAUGUAAAAUAUAAAAUAAAUAUGGAAUUAAUUAAAGGUUUCGUGUUGUGAAGUGUUUUUGCAAAGUUUGUAACGUGCGUGGUGUUGUUAAAAAAGCCUAUAUUCAAUAAAAGUGUGAUGCUAAGUA